GCCAUGCUUGGACUCCCGACGGGCGUCUGAGCUGGACGAAGAAUCCGAGGACCACACUUGAAAAAGAUGGCGGAGAGCAGAAAAGGCCAAAUUUUCAGUGGCUUCUCCAACAACCGUCAUUGGCGCAACCGCCAUUAGAUAAGCAUAAAAUGGAAGGGAGUCCGAGGAAGCGUGUUCCUCGAGUGCCCGGUUCUCAUCCACCCUCCAUGGGGCUCCUCCUCGCCCUCGUUCUCCUCGCCCUCAGCCGGCCGAUCAUCUCUCCGGCGUCAUCGGCGUCAGUUGAUCCCCUGGCAGAGGAGCUGCUGGACCAGGCCAGGGACGCUCAGUUCUUCGACUGGAUGAGGGGCGUCCGGAGGCGGAUCCACCAAAACCCAGAACUGGCCUUUCAGGAAUUCGAGACGUCGGAGCUCAUCAGGGCGGAGCUCGACGCCAUGGGCGUGGUUUACUCGUGGCCGUUCGCCGGCACUGGAGUGGUCGGUUCGAUCGGGUCCGGGCAGAGCCCCGUCGUCGCCCUUCGCGCUGACAUGGACGCCCUUCCUUUGGAGGAAUUGGUAGAUUGGGAAUAUAAGAGCAAGCGACGUGGAAAGAUGCACGCUUGUGGGCAUGAUGCACAUGUUGCCAUGCUUCUUGGUGCUGCAAAACUGCUGCAGGGCCGGAGGGAGAUGCUGCAGGGCACGGUGAAGCUUGUUUUUCAACCAGCAGAAGAAGGCAGAGCAGGAGCAUUUCAAAUGAUAGAAGAUGGAGCCGUUAAAGAUGUAAAUGCUAUCUUCGGAAUGCAUGUAGAUCCUUCUCUUGGGACUGGGAAAAUAUCUUCCAUUCCGGGAAUCAUGACAGCUGCUUCUGGUCGAUUUCAAGCAGUGAUUGAGGGGAGGGGUGGAUCUGCAAAGAAUUUGCAUGAAGCUAUAGAUCCAGUUGUAGCUUCAGCAUUUGCAAUUCAAAGCCUGCAACUUCUCACAUCACGAGAGACCCAUCCACUUAAAAGUUCGGUUGUUUCUGUUGGAUUUAUACGUACUUAUAAAAGUGUUGAAGAGAUUCCAUCAAGGGUGGAAUUUGGUGGCACCAUCCGCAGCCUGUCAUCUGAAGGGCUUUCUCUACUCACUAAAAGAAUCAGAGAGGUUAUAGAGCUUCAGUCAUCAGUUCAUAGGUGCAAUGCUAUCGUGGACUUCAUGGAAACGGAGAGACGGCAUUAUCCUCCGGUAGUGAAUGAACUGGCGAUGUAUGAACAUGUGAAGAAUGUGGGCGAAACGCUGCUCGGAAAGAACAAUGUGCAUGAGAUUGAGCAGCUGACAAUGACUGCAGAGGACUUCGCAUUUUAUUUGCAGAAGUUACCUGGUGCUCUGCUUAACCUUGGCGUGCGGAAUCAGAGCCUAGGUGCUGUUCAUGUACUUCAUUCUCCAUAUUUCUUCAUAGAUGAAGCGGCUCUUCCUCUGGGAGCUGCAUUGCAUGCAUUAGUAGCAGAAACUUAUCUAAGGAAACAUUCUUCCUUCAAUAGAAUGUAUAUAUGAUGCGCAUUUACAAAAAAACUUGUUUCCGAUGGAAUAAAUUUCGAGUCAGUUGACA